CUCAAAAUGUUGUUGACGGUAGUCAUUGUAUAAAUGUGUAGCCUACAUUUUGUUGAAGCUGUUUUAUGAACCCACAUAUGAUUAAUAUAGCUAUACUUAUUAGCCUAUAACUAUAGACUGCUAGACUAUCCAAGGCUACCAGUAUUACGGGUCUACAUUGUGGUAAGCUACACCACCACGUAGGCUAGUGUGAUUUCCUUGUUCGAAGUAUAGCCUACCUCAUACUUUACCGACUUGAAGGUGUCUCACAGUAGGCUAUCAAUGCAAGAUUUCGAAAUAAAUAGGGUGCAGUGUGACUGAAUUGUGAUGAGCAGCAAAUCCAAACAACACGGCUGUCGCAUAUGCAGAGGAGAUCUGCAGGGCAACCAGAGGCGAUGGCUCUAUGCCAGUCAGAAGCAGAGAGGAGGUCCUCCUCACACACCAACCGACCGGUCUACCAAGGGAAGUCUGUCAGGUUCUGCCCUUAGCAGUCCAUGGGGCAGUACUUUGUCUCUGGGCUUCUAUCCUUCUCCUCAGACAUUACCAUCCCCCUCAAAGGGAGCGGAUCUUCUCAGCAUCCUAACUCAUAUACUAGGACAGCCUGUACCAAGGGGCAGUGGGCAAAGGGAGUUUCUAUGUGGCAAGUGUGCGUCCCUUCUUGAACGAGUCUUUAAGUUUGACACAGUAAUCAGCAGAGUCAAACUACUGUCCUCUGAAAGGUUGCAGAAGCUUAAACUGGAGAGGGAUAAGAUCAGGCAGUGGGUACGUAACACUUACUUGCAGGAUCAGCCCUCUGAAUUUCAAUCGAAGGAAAACUUAAGUGAAGUAGAAGAUGAAAAGGAGGGAUACAGGUCAAUGAUGAGAGAUAAUCUGGCCUUGUCAGAGUACGAGUGCUGGUCAGAGAAGUCAAACUGUUGUCCCUAUUUCCAGAGAACAGGGAAAUGGUGCCAAAAGGGGAAAAACUGUCAAGGCUGUAACUCUCUGAGAGUAUCUGAUUCUGAUUAUGAGUCUGUCUGUGGGAUUCCCCGCAAUCUCCCCUUUCAGCCCUUUUCCCCACUGGCCCUCUCUCGUGAUAAGUCUCAAAGCAUGCCUCUCAAUUGGUCUAGAGUGCCAUCUGUCAGUUGUAGUCCCACAUCCUUAGGAGGUUCAUGCCAAUCCUUGCGGUAUCAAUCUCAAGCUAACUCCUUACAGUCACUGGACUCUAUUGAUGCAUGUGAUCCGUUUUAUCAGCCAGAAACUCCAUCCAACUUGGAGGGCAUUCUUAAAGAGGUAAAAUGUAUACCUUGGAAACCACUGAUUUCUCCAGUAGGGAGUCGCAUUCCUGUAUUAGAAAGAGCGAGUGGGUGUAAAAAAAGAGAGUUGGGACAUGGCAUGGCGCUGGCAAGAGAGCUGGAUUUUGGAGAGCAGAAUGAGGAGGAAAUGGAAGUGGACAGCGGAAACAGGGAUGUACUGCUUGAAAUUCAGGAUGAGUUUCUACCUCUACACAAGAAGAUCAGAACAGGCCAAAUGCAUACUGUUGUCAAGCAGUUGCAAGAACAGCUGGAUCAGGCUCAGACCCACAUCAAGACUCUAGAUGGACAGCUCCAGAAUAAGACAAAAGAAUCAAAGAAAAGCAGAGCUGUGUCAAAUUUUCCUACAGUGACUUGCGUUGACUCCACAGUUGAGAAUGCCCCUGUGCAGAAAUUGAGCCAUUCAUUGCAUGACAGUGUGAAACUAAUUCAGGAAUGCAUCGCUUGGAUGAGAAAAUUACGUGUGGAGAUGGGAAAUAAAUUUGAAAAUGCAGAUUUACUGUAUAUCAAGAUGAAUACAGCAAUGAAGAACAUUGAGAACAUGAUUGCUUGUCUCUCUAAACUCAGAGAGAAGGAACAGGAUAUGGAGAAAGAACUUGCCAUUCUUAGGCAGGCAGAGCGAGAGAGGGAAGCAGACCUUGCCACACUAUCUGUUAUACUGCAGAGCAACCAGGACAUCAUGAAUGAUAUGCAUGUGGACCUGGGAUAUGAGAGGGAUGUGCAGCAGGAGCUCCACAUGGAGCAGGCCAUGAGGAGACUGCGGGACCAGAUUCUUUGGGCUGCCCUCCAGCAGAAGGAGGCACUGACACUGUGCCAAAGGGAGACAUUCAGAAGCUCCCAGAAGGAUGUACAGGAUCAGAGUGCACAGGCAAAACGCACAAAUGAAGGUGAAAAGGGGGUUGAGAAGACAGGAUAUGAAAUGUGACCAGACGUUACAAGUGAAAUGGAAGUAUGCAAGCUCUGAGAGGUCUGAAGAAGAGCUAAACCUACAAAGGUGUGUGUGUUGCAUUGCAGCUCACUUCUCAUACACUUCAUCUUUCAGAGGAGACUAAGUGCUUAGUUUUUCACAUUCUUUUGAAUUUGUCUCUGAAUUUGUUGAAAGCCCAGUGUUGCACUGUAUAUUGGUGUUGAUGAGCUUAUUAUAUGAGUUUAUUAUAUUGUGUGUACUACAAUCUACAUUAAUACAGAUUUGUGACGGCAUGUCAUUUGGAGAAAGAUGUUAUGUUUUGAAUUUGCCAAAUCAUGGCCUUAAAAGCUGCUUGUCUACUCUGUGUACAGUAUAUGAGGCAGGUUAUAGACCAGUAAGUACCAUGUACCAAAGAUGUGUAAUGUGCAUGAGGCGGACUGGUCUAUUUCAUGGGUUUUAUUUCAUUAAUUUUGUUUGGUAUCUGGAAAGAAUUCUCUAAUUAUUUUGAUGGUAGUGGUGCAUCAUAGUAACUCAUUUAUUUCAGAAGCAGGCCAUUAGAUUAUUUGCUAUUGCAUUUGCUUUAACUGUAAGAAUGUACUGUAGUGAGGGAAAGAAGGGAAAGAAGAGAACAUAGUGAUAUGAAUAGUGAUAACACUAUUUUUUAUGGCGCUUUUAUGGCCAACUAGUGAUCUCUUAAGAUUGAAAUAAUCUCAAAAGUAUUAAAAUGGCUUAAAAAAUCUUAAGAUCUUAAAAUUGGUCCAGUAAUCAGUAUUCUUAUACUAAGUUCAACACCUAAAUCUUUUUUAUUUGAGGAAUAUUCUUUGAUUGUCUUCAAAUACCAAAUCUAUAUUAUAUUAUAUUUGGUCUACUUUUCUGAAGGCCUUUGUUGUAUUUGGUGUUUUAAUAAAACGAUACUCUGGUU